AUGAUACAAACAUUGCUUAAUUAUUCUGGACUUGAUCUCGAAGUGCUAAAUGAUAUAGAACUUGUUGAAAAAGAUCAAAGUUUAUUAAUGUAUGAGAAUGUGACUGUUCUAUGGGCAGCAGCUGCCAUCAAUAAUUUCAAAAUUGUGCAAUUACUCGUCAAACAUGGUGCUCGAGUUAAUCACAAAACUAAAACGAAUUCAACAGCAUUUCGUUGUGCUUGUUGGAAUGGUAAUAUUGAUAUGGCUCGUUAUUUGCAUGAGAAUGGUGCUGAUGUGCGUAUUGCUAAAAUACAAAAUGAAACAAAUCUUCUUACAAGUGUUUACAAUGAAGAUUUACAAGUGACAACUUAUCUUGUUGAUGAAUUAGGCUGCGAUGUGAAUGAGUCGAUGGAUGAUAGACGUUCACCGCUGUACAUUGCUGUCGACCGUGGAUCACUUGAAUUAGUUCAAUUUUUGUUGAAUUAUGGUGCUCGAAAUUCUCAAGCAAAUUAUGAUAACAUGUCUCCACUAUUAUUAGCAGCAGAAAAGAGACGAAUUGAUCUCACCGAUCUUAUUUCCCCUCAAUGUUCAUUGCUUGAACAAAUCGAAGCUCAAGAAUUACUUGGAAGUGCUUUUGCCUGUGGUGAGCAUGGAACUUGUAAUCUUGAAAAGUCAUUUAAAUACUUUCAUCGAGCACUGGAACUUCGAUUUCAACAUAAUCUUCCUAAAGCUCUAAGAUUGUCAACUGUUGAAGUGCUCGAUAACCGACAAGAAUGUCAAACAAUCGAUGAGCUAGAAGAACUUCGAUUAAGUGAUGAUCAUAUGUACACUGAAGCCUUACUUGUACGUGAACGUUUGCUUGGACCAACUAAUGCAAAAUACUAUCGAUCUCUCCGAUUUCGUGGUGCCACUCUAGCUGAUAAUAUACAGCAUCAUCAAGGAAUAUGUUUUUGGUUGUACGAACUUAAUUCACGUCGACAGCAUUCAUUAUUGAUAGACAUCGAGGAUUUACGUCAGUGGGCUUCGAUGUUUAGUGACAUGUUACGUAAUUCAUUAUCAAUACCGAUUGUAUCAUGGCAGACAAUAAUAAAAGUAAUAGUUGAAGAAUUAGAACAUAACACGAAGGAUUUCGAUUAUAAUCUACAUACAUUACUUUUCUUAAUAACAAUCGUUAGUCAGAUGCUAUCAAAAUCAAUUAUUUCAUAUGAUGAUCGUAAACUUUUUUAUCGACAUAUUCAUAGCAUUGUUCAAUGUCAAUAUCCAUGUUUACAUACAGCUCGUUUACUUGUACAAUGUGGUGCUAAAGUGAAUGCAAUGGAUGCUGUUCGAAACACACCUCUUCAUCUAUUUGUUUCCCAAUCAACUAUAGUUGAUGACACUAUAAUUCAAUAUCUAUGUGAUGCUGGUGCACAUCUCGACUGUGUCAAUGCUUUAGGAGAGACACCCAUUGAUAUUGCAACGAAUUCAAAUAUUAGGCAAUUUCUUAAAGCCAGAACAAAACUUAGGAAAGAUUGCUAA